GAAACCAUUUGAUGAAGCUUCUUGCUUCCGGAAUUUGAAAAGGAAUUUGUUAUGGAGAUAAUCUCACUGAAGUUUGUGCCCCAGUGCUCUGUGGUGACUUGGAGUAGAAAAUUAGCCACGAAAAGAUUGGUCCCAAAGCGAUCAAAUUUGUUAUUAUCUGGGGUCAGAAAAUCCAGACUUGUGAUUCGAAGUGGGAAUUCUGAUGGUUAUGUGGUUGGUGAGAAUGAUGACUUGGCUAGUAUAGCCAGAAGAAGAAUAUCAACAUCCAAGGUUUUGAUUCCUGGUUUGCCUGAUGAGUCAAAUGGUGAGGUUGCUGCUCGAAUCAGUCAUUCUCACUGCGAGUGGAAGCCCAAGCUUAGAGUACAUUAUGAGAAAGCCGGUUGUGAUAACCUCGAUGCUCCUGCCGUGUUGUUUCUUCCUGGCUUUGGUGUUGGUUCAUUUCACUAUGAGAAGCAGCUUACCGAUUUGGGAAGGGAUUAUCGAGUAUGGGCUAUUGAUUUUCUUGGGCAGGGUUUAUCUCUCCCCACUGAAGAUCCUACUACCAUGACUGAAGAAACCAGUGCCUCGGAAGAUAAGGAACCAUUUUGGGGAUUUGGUGAUAAAACUGAACCGUGGGCUGAUCAACUUGUAUUCUCGCUGGAUCUCUGGAGGGAUCAAGUUCAGUAUUUUGUAGAAGAGGUUAUUGGUGAGCCUGUGUACAUUGCAGGGAACUCACUUGGAGGGUAUGUAGCUCUCUACUUUGCAGCAACACAUCCUCACCUGAUAAAGGGUGUUACCUUGCUUAACGCAACACCUUUCUGGGGUUUCUUCCCUAAUCCAGUAAGAUCCCCAAAGCUAGCACGCCUCUUUCCAUGGCCCGGAGCAUUCCCUUUACCUGCAAGAGUGAAAAAAAUCACAGAAUUGGUGUGGCAAAAGAUAAGUGAUCCUGAAAGCAUAGCUGAGAUACUUAAGCAGGUCUACACAGACCAUUCUACCAAUGUGGAUAAAGUAUUCUCACGUAUUGUUGAGGUCACACAGCAUCCGGCUGCUGCCGCAUCGUUUGCUUCAAUCAUGCUUGCUCCUGGUGGACAGCUAUCUUUCUCCGAAGCUUUAACUAGGUGUAAGGAAAACAAUGUUCAGAUAUGUCUCAUGUAUGGAAGAGAAGAUCCAUGGGUGAGACCGAUAUGGGGAAAGAAGAUAAAGAAGGAAAUCCCCAACGCUCCAUACUACGAGAUCAGCCCUGCAGGACACUGCCCACACGAUGAAGUCCCUGAGGUGGUAAACUAUCUGAUGCGUGGGUGGAUCAAGCACCUGGAGUCUGGUGGUUUUGAAGCGCUCCCGCUUUUGGACGAUAGUGAAGAAGAUUGGGAGGAGUCCAGCAUUGGUCGAGAAAUAGAGUUCCCGAGAGAUGGUUGGAAAAAAGCAGUGAAUCUGUGGUUGUAUGGGUCAAACUCUUCGUUCUGGAGAGGAGUUAGAGAAUCUUUCAGAUCCAGUUUUACAAGGGUGUUUGGAGGGAAGUCUGCAUAGAAGAAGCAUGGAACAGUCGUUGUCUAGUGUAAAUUAGUUGUAACAUAUGAUGCAUCGGAUGCUAGCUAUAUAAUGUUGUCUGUAGUAGAAUCAAGUUUCUAAAAUGUU